AAAUGUAGACUGAAACCACUUUGCUACUCUGAUGUGAUAAAUCAAAAUUCCCUGAUUUGGGGAAUUUACACAUCGGUAUUAUUAUUAUUGUUCGAAUUUUUUAAUUUAUGAAUUAAUGAAGUGAUGAGACUCAAAAAGAAGCAUUUAUUUUGCAAAAGUGACUAUUUAAUCAAAAAUCGGCCGUAAAAUGUUGACCCUUUUGAGCGAAAUCCAUUUCUGGAGCACCCAAGAAGACGUCAUCGUAAAACAUCCAGAUUUUGGAUCAUUCAAAUACUACUCUAAGAAAGAUCCCAGCGACUCCCUCUGCUACCAAAGCAAAAAAAAGUACUGCGACCAACGAGGUGUCAUCUGGCACUUGCCCAACAAACGUCCCCAAAAACUCCGCGACCGUCUCAAAGAACUCGAGGAGUAUCUCCUCCACAACAAAAUCGUCUGUUUCUCUUGGUCCGACAACCACCUCCAACUCCUGCUCUCAACUGGGGUGGUCGUCACCCUCACCAUCGACAUCACCACAGGCGACCUCACAAGCCUCACUUUCGACAAAUCCCUCGCCACCAAACUCCAAGUCAACAUAUUAUGCGACGGUGUUAUCCUCGGCCCCCAAAUCAUCUGCAUUUGUAAUGACGGCCACGUGCUCGGCUUCGGGGGCUCCUGGAAAGACGGCUGGAUUGUCGAAGGGGGCCCUCGACGCCACCUGAACUUCCACAACGACUGGCUUGCCGUUUGGGGCAAAUGCGAGGCCGAACACCCGCAGCCUUGGAGCCCCCUUGGCAAGGACUACCAACGGGCUAAUCUACACCUGUACUGGGUGGGCGUCCGGGGGCCUGAACUCUUAGCGUACAAAAAAACCGACGGGGAUCCCAUUGAAGUGAUCGUCAGUCGGACAAUACGCCGAACUUUGUUCGUAAUCGAACAGAAGGUGACUCUCAGGGGGGCUGUCUCAGUCGAGUUGAGCAAUUUUGAGCUGGUUGGGGCCAAUUUGAAACGGGUUUCGGUCAUUUCGGUCCCACUUCAGACACAAGUCAGUUGCUGUGCCUUAAAUGAGCAGGAAACUAGGCUCCUGAUUGGUUGUAUUGAUGGGUCUUUGGCGUUAUUGGACCGUGUCAGGGGGUCAACUCGGACGGUUAAAGGGUUGUUUAUACCAAAGUUCGCACGUUGGAAUUCUCUGGGAGCUGUUGUGACCGUUUUGAAUGAAAGGGGGCAAUUGCAGUAUUUUGACACGGCUUUGAACGGCGUUAAGUCACAAAUAAUGGGGGAGGAUUGCACCCCAACAGCUUUAAUUGACUUAUCCGGUUAUUUCAAUUCGCAAUUUACGAUCAGUUCGGUGAGUUGGGGCCCAAAAGACUUAGUCGUGGUUUUGGAGCAAGGCCCCAUGUUACUCAUCACUCACAUUGACCGGUCUUUAUCGUUCAAAUCUCUCUCACAACGUUACAUAAAAAUGGGUAAAAUUGAUAAAGCCAUUCGGCUUCUCCUAAGCUGGGAAUUCAACGAGGAAAGUUUCCACGUGUUGCAAAAAAUCGUCGCUUAUUUACUCUCCCAGCCAAUGACCGACGACACCGCCAAGUAUCUCCAGGACGCCCUCGGGUGCUUCCACAGCCCCCCGGUGCCCCUGAACCCCGAGACCCGUUCCCGCUUCUUCACCCAAAUUUUCUCGCUCACUCGUCGCUUUUUCCACCAGUUAGUCCGCGCCCAAAUGUUCGAAACCGCCUUCCUCUUGGCUGUGGACCUAGGGCACCAUGACCUCUUCAUGGACUUGCACUACAUCGCGGUGCAAAUCGGCGAGACGGAGAUGGCGGCUGCCGCCCGCGCCCAGGCCUCGGCCCUCCUGAGUCGCUGCUCCAGCGAGGCCUCGAACUGCACCAGGUCCUCGUGCUCCCAAUGUUCGGGAAGUAGUGACGAAAACCCCGAUAAUUACCUCACAACUAACUUCAAUAACCCCCAACCGAAGACCUACCCGAGAGCCACUUUCGUGAAGGCGCCGCAAGUGCCGGCGAAUUUUAAAGCGCCCCCGUUGCCCAAUUUGGGGAUUCCCAGAAAUGUGUUUAAGCCGCCGCUGCCCUCAACGGGGGCGGUUAAGAAGGUGCCCCCGAAAGUUAAGUUUUCUGAUACGGUGACGGCGUUUAUCGUGCCGGAGAUUAAGCGGCCAGCGAGGCCGCCGCCGCCACCACAUUUCACCGAUCCGCAGAAAGAGUUGGCUGAUAGUUUGCCGCUUUGUCACCCAAAUGAGGAUUAUUUGAAGGAUUUUAACCCUGUGAGGAGGAGGGAGAGCGAGGAAGCGCAACCCAAAAUCAAAGUGGUGCAUUUUGGGGUUGUUUAAUUCUUUUAGAAUAAUUGAAGACAGUUUCCGUCCGUUAGAAGUACAAAUAAAUUACCCAAGGAGCCCCAGAUUGUAUUAAAAUAUAUUUAACAUGUUUUAUCUGUGGAGGAACGAAAUUUGAUAUGUAUAUUUAAUUAAUGAGUAGAUUUUUUAUUUUUUAUAACUUCGUAUUUUCGCAAAUAAAUAUUUUUAUUACAACA